ACCUUCGAUUUUCCGGCAUCUGCAGUUCCUUCUUAAAAACUGCUGGAAAGAAUUACACAGAGCUCUGCAUUCACAAUUGGAUUAAAGGACUCUACACAUGACCAUGUUACAGCACACAGCCCUGGCGCUGCUGCUGGCCCUCUUCCCCAUCUCCAGCUGCUUCGCCAAGUCCGACUGCGUGGUGGACAACUUCCAAGUGAAGGACAACUUCAACAAGACCCGGUACACGGGGAAAUGGUACGGCUUCGCCAAGAAGGACCCACAGGGUCUGUUCCUGGAGAGUAACAUCCACGCCGACUUCAGGAUUGAAAAUGGGACGAUGAUUGCCAAGGCGAUAGGGCUGGUCACUUUACUGCCGGAGUGGAUCGUGUGCGCCGAGAUGAUGGGGACCUUCAACGACACGGCCAACCCAGCCAAAUUCCAACUGAAGUACUGGGGGGCAGCGGAACAUCUGCAGAAAGGCAAUGAUGAUCACUGGAUCGUUGACACAGAUUAUGAUAACUAUGCCAUCACAUACACAUGCCGAAAGCUGUAUGAAAAUGGGACUUGUGCGGACAGCUACUCGUUUGUGUUUUCACGCAGCCCUGACGGACUGACCUAUGAUACACAGCGCAUUGUCCGAAAAUGGCAGGAACACAUCUGUCUGGCAUACAAAUACAAACGCAUUCUUCAAACAGAUUCAUGUCUGUAGAUCGAUUGGAUUCAUGCCACUUUGGCAAUAAUCGUGGCUGUGAAGAUUGGUCUAGAAAACGCUCGGACUAGCUUCGAUCACCUUGUGAAUAUAUUUUGCUCAGGCUCACAAUUUAAGUGCAAGUGGGCUUCCAGUCAUACAUUGCUUUUGUGGUAUUAUUACUUAUCAAAUAAAUCUAUGACAAACA